AUGUCAGUACAUGUGCCCGCCCAACAACGCGCAGCCGUUCGCGGCUCUGACUUCAAGACCUCCAUCCAAACUAUCCCCGUCCCCUCACCUGGCCCAGGUCAAAUCCUCGUCAAGAUCAACUGGACCGGCCUCUGCGGCUCCGACAAAUCUCUCAUCCGCGAUGAAUGGGCAGAUUUCGGUCUCACCAUGAAAGACGUGACCAAUGGCAUCGCAGGCCACGAGGGAGCUGGUAUCGUCGUAGCUGUAGGUGAAGGCAUGGAGAAGCGAUGGAAGCUUGGUGAUCGCGCUGGCGUCAAGUGGAUCGCUAGUACAUGUGGUGAUUGUGACUUUUGUAGAGUUGGGUCUGAUGAGGUCCAUUGUCCGGAGCAGACGAAUAGUGGUUUUUCAGCGGCGGGGACGUUUCAGGAGUAUGUUGUUGCGGAUGGGAGAUAUACUUCUAGAAUUCCGGAGGGUGUUUCUGAUGAAGAGGCUGGACCCAUCAUGUGUGGUGGUGUUACAGCAUACACUGCUUGCAGACGAUCCGGAGUGGCUCCUGGUCAAUGGCUCGUCAUCCCUGGCGCAGGCGGCGGCCUCGGCCACUUCGCAAUCCAGUAUGCCAAAGCAAUGGGCAUGCGCGUCAUAGCCAUUGACGGCGGCGACUCAAAGCGCGAACUAUGCUUAUCCCUCGGCGCCGAAAUCUACAUCGACUUCAAGACGACGAAGGACAUUGCUACUCAAGUCCUUAAGAUCACGGGACACGGCGCCCACGGCAUCAUCGUAACAGCAGCAACGCGCGCAGCAUACGAAACCGCUCCCAAUUAUCUCCGACCCAAUGGGACAGUGGUGGCAGUGGGACUUCCGACGGAUCCUACUAUCAUGGCUGGGGCACCGCCAAUGGCUGUUGCGUUGAGGAGGUUGAAGAUCGUGGGGAGUGUGACGGGGAGUUUGCAAGAUGUGGAGGAAGCGCUUGAUUUUACAGCUAGGGGACUUGUUAAGCCGAUUUUGUCAAAGGGUAAGCUUGAGGAUCUUAACGAGUGGAUCGAGAAGCUGGCAACAGGGCAGGUUGCUGGUCGUUGUGUUCUCCAGGUUUCGGCAUGA